AUGAAAUGCGAGUUCAAGCAUCUCGACAGAAAAUUCGACAGCGAGGACAAGCCUUACUUCCUGGAGCGCAAGAAGGAGGAUAUCGACAAGGGCGAGAAAAAGGACUGGUGGCAGUUGUUCUCUUUCUGCGUCGUGAGGAGAUAUGACUCUGAGGGCGACCUGGACGAAACCUGCCUCUAUGUCAACCCGCAGCCGCUGCGCCAGCUGCUCAAGGAAGUCAUUGGAAACUAUCCAUCCGACCCUAUAGAUGUCGACGACGUUCAGAUUGCCUCUCCAUACCAUUCACUAUUCCACUAUCGCAAAGAACUCAAGGAAGUCGGCCUCAAGCGCUUUGAAGCAGAGGGCGACACGGAGUCGGCGGACCAGCUCCGGCUGCUGCUCGACUGGAUCAACACCAACUUCGAGCUAGAGAUCGCUGCGCAGGAGAGGUGCCUGUCAAGCGACAGCAAGGCCAUCGCGUACGACAAGCUGUGGACGCUGUUUGCGCCCGGCACCAUCGUGCAUGCAAAGGUCCAGAACCAGGACCGAGCCUUCCGUAUUCAGGAUUACUGGUACGACUCAGAUGAUGAUGAGCAACCAGGCCUGAAUCUAAACACCCGAUUCGUUGACUAUGAUGGCGACACGUUUGGAUACCGGAGACUCGAUCUGCAUAUCCCCAAGUACACCGGUGUGAGGGAGAUCAGCUCGGACGCGGCGCGACCCCUUCAGUUUACUGAUAACGUCGAUGAGAUUCGCGAGACGCUCUUGGCCAGGGGCAAGAGAUUCCAGAAGCUCGCCAGCGGCCAGAAUUUCAUGCAGUAUAAGGGCAUCGCGCUUAAGAGGCAUCCUCAAUCCCCGGGCAAAUAUCUGAGAUUUGACGCUGGCGGCCGUAUCAUGAUCGAUUGCAAGACUUACCACAGACUCGACGCAAAUGAUACAAUCUGGGUGUACAGCUUCGGAAAGGAUCAUCCGGUCGAUGAGCUGACUGAGGAAGAUCUCCUUCUCGCCAGUGCCAUGGUGAGGGGUUAUUCCAUGACGGCUAAACGCUUCCUGGAGUUCUCCAUCGAUAAUGUCUCCGAGAUCACGUGGAAUCCCCAGUGCUUCGACCAGCUUGUUCUCGAUGCGACGACCAAGAAGACUGUGCAAGCACUUGUGUAUACGCACUCCCAGAGGGGACUCAACCCAGCGGCAGAGGAUGGCUUUGAUGACAUUGUGAAAGGCAAAGGCCAGGGACUCGUCUGCGUCUUGCACGGCCCGCCAGGCGUCGGGAAAACCUUGACCGCAGAGUGCGUUGCGGAGUACGUCAAGCGGCCUCUGUUCAUGGUUUCCUCAGGCGACCUUGGCGUUACGAGUGAGGAGCUCGACAAACAACUGACCGAGAUCAUGGACAUGACCUCGACUUGGCGUGCCGUCCUCCUCAUUGAUGAGGCAGACGUCUUCCUGGAGCAGAGAGCCCUUCACGAUCUUCACCGCAAUGCCAUGGUUUCUGUGUUCCUGCGUGUACUGGAGUACUACGCCGGUAUCCUGUUUCUUACCACAAACCGUGUGGCAACGCUCGAUGACGCUUUUAAGAGUCGCAUCCACAUUCCAAUCCGGUAUACUGAUCUUGACGUCAAGUCAAAAUUGCAGAUCUGGCACAACUUUUGCAACAAGGUCCCUGGCGGCGUAAGCAUUUCGGAGGACGAGUUCCAGACGUUGGCUGAGUACGACCUUAAUGGUCGUCAGAUCAAGAACGUGGUCAAGGCAGCGGAGAGCCUGGCUGCCUUCGACCAGGUCCAACUCGACUUCAAGCAGAUUCAGCAAGUCACCAAGAUCCAGGCCACAUUCGAAAAGGACCUCACCAGCUUCGGCGAGAUAGACUAUACCGCACCUGGCUCGGCAAAGAGGCAUGCCGAGAGUAGGAACCUGUACUAUUAA